AUGGAAAAGUAUACUGAAUCAUCACCUACCAUGCAAGUAGAGCAUUCCUUCUUUCAGGUGGAGAAUCCAAUUCUGGAGCCACAAGUGCAGCAUCUGACCGAGGAUAAUGCUACUCUGAGGGAACAAGUCAUGUCUGCCCUGGCAACCCCAAUGAUGCCUAUAUCCUGCUCACUCGAGCAUCUUUCCCAGUUUUAUGAUGACACUGCCAAUAUCUCAGGGUUUCUUGCUCAGGUGACUACCUACUUGACAAUUCUCAAGAUCCCCAAUCCUGCAGAUGAUGCCCAAGUCAAGUUCUUUUUUGACUACCUAUCUCAGCAGAUGGAAAGCUGUGGGAUCAUAUCUACACCUGACCAGAAUGCUCUGUUGAAGCAAUAUGAAAACUUUGUUUUAGAGUUCCAGCAGUCAUUUGAUGAGUCCAAAAAACAGGAAAUGAGCUCUCUGGUGAACGAUAAAAUUGACAAAGGGGACAAGUUCUCUAAGCAGGAUGCUACUACUUUUCAGCUUCUUGGUCAAAAUCUGAACUGUAAUAAAGCAUAUCAGACUGAUCUCUUCCAAAAAGUACUAGCUGACUCCUUUCAGGAUGAAGUGAGUGGCACAGAUAUGAUGGACAACCUCCCAGUUACUCAGUGUAUUCAAUAGGACAAGAAACGUAACAACAGGCCAGAGUUGUUACAGUCAGAGGCCCAGCUCCCAGUGUUGUCUACUCAUACCCACCAUUAAAUCUCCAUCACAGGUUCACCACCCAUGGAAGAGAUUAUACAGCUGCAAAGAAGCCAGCCACCUCUCACUCCGGCCAAAUGAGCCCACCAGAAGAACACAGUGUGUCUCUACUGUAGCUAAGCUGGUCACUUCACAAGAGAUUCCUUUGCCAAAAGAUCUCGAGCCCCAGCAAGGAUAAGUAACCCAGCUCACAAGUAA